GAUACAGACACACAGAAGUAUUGUGCACUUGCUGACACUACCCGAAGAAAGAAAAAGUUCUCCCGAGGACCGAAGUAGGAAACAACCAUGUUUCAGCUGUAACAUUACAAACAGACUUUAAGUUCCUGGAUAAAAGAUGGCAGCCGCAAAGAUAAAAUCAAACGCUUAUGCCGUUAAUCUGCAUCGGAGUCAAUCAGAAGGGACACUGAUAGAUCUGGACGACAGUGUGACCAUCAAUAACAACAGCCUUCAUGGGAGCUACGCUAAUCAGAUUGGAAACAUCUCCGAGUGGUCUGUCCUACCGAAAGAAAGUGAAAAUCUAAAGCGGACAACCAACCCCUUCUGGAAUCAGCUGUCCCGAUCCAAUCCGUUCCUAAAUGAUAUCGUCCAAACGAGCACCUACGAUUCUGGAGUGUCCAUGCUGAAAGAGGAUCCCAUAACACUUUCUGAUAACAACGAUGACUCUGUCAGCACAUCCUCAGAUGAAACAAACUUUGCCCAUCUCAUAGCGCCCAGACAAAGCGAUUUAAAUCGAUCGGGAAGGUGGAGAAGUGCCUCGGAUAUACUUGACACCCUUGAGAAAAGGGAGAGCCAAAAGGAGAAGACACUCGGCUCUCAAGGACCGUUCCUCAAUCCUGAUUUCGAGUGGUUGAAAAAUGACAGGGAAGCUUACAAAAUGGCUUGGCUGAGUCACAGACAGCUGACCCGGUCCUGUUUGGAUCUGAGUCUAAUGAAGCAAAGUCCUGGAUGGGCCCAGACUCAAGCCACGGACAUUCAAACAGUCUGCAAGAUAGACCAUCACGGCGGCUCAGUGCAGUUGCCAGAAACGGACAUCACGGCUCACAUUGCCCAGGGACACGUUGCCCCGGGUGAGGUCCAAGAGAUCGGCCUCAAAGUUCUCCACGAUCCCCCCGCGGGAAUAAACAACAACUACACCACCACCCUUAGCCCUCUUUUAGAGGUCACCCUCAGUAACCUUAACGUCUCUGGUGGCAUUUCGCUGGAGAUGAGAAUGGCUGCUAAUGUGAAGAAUGACCCCACAAGCCACGUCAUGACCUCAUUUGUAGGUCUUGUUUCACAAAGGAAAGAAGGACCUUAUCAAAAGUUAAAAGACUGUUACGUAUAUAACGAUAUGUUACAAAUGAAGCUCCUAGAUUUGAAACCUCACAUGUACGUCAUAUCGGCCGCUGAGGCCAGCGUUCUAGAGCCACCUGCAAGGUCAAUAUGGGAUUACCUGGAUCGCUAUUUCACCGUGGCCAUCUAUGGUCCCAAGCACAUACACCCGUCUCUCAAAGUGGUGCUGGUCAUCACCUGCCAUAAUAAUAUUCCUCCCAGGCUCUCUUUCUCGGACAUCCACAGGGGUAACAGAAACCUGCCCCCUGUUGUUUUGGAGCUUUGGGGAAAACAUCAACUAAACCCACACGGUCUUAAAGAUCUUCACAUUGUCUCUAAAGUUUUGGAUAUGAACUUCGAAGUGAAUUUGGUGGAUCAGAAUAAAGUGGUUAAACAGGAGCAGCUAAAAUCUGGAAGAGAGCUGCAUCUACCAUUAGAGCUGGUGAAGGUGGGCAGGGGUGAGAUGACCCCUUUUAAACUCUGCAUUGAGGUGCGGGACGCAGAACGUCUGGCUUUAGGAGACUUUUACGUUACCUCACCUGAGCAUACCCCUCUGAGGUCAGACAAACAUGGACAGAGGCGGUCAGACUGGCAGAGGGAAGUGGCUCGGUCGAUGCCCAUUCCCGAGGAAUCUAUCCCAGAAAUCCUCACUCAGAAGUUUCCGGACAGACAUGUAGAUUUGCAAUGGUAUGGGGUGGCGAUGAAAUCCAUCCUCAGACAGCCGAGAGUGGAAUAUCUUCUGGAAUAUUUUAAAGGUGAUACAAUUGCUUUGCUCUCUAGGGAAUCUGUCAGAUCUGUAGGUCACCAGAAGGUUAAGGAGUGGUACAUCGGUUUUAUUCGAGGAAGGAUCGGCCUGGUGCACUGCAAGAACCUGAAGGUCAUCUCCAAGGAACAAGUCAUUGACUUUACUGCAAUUAAACUCACCACGCACGUUCUCUUGGACAAUAUGACAAUUCCUUUUAAAAAACUCACCUACAUGUACUCAGCUAUUCAGACUCUGGUCACAGAACAUGUAAAAUGUUGGAGAACCUUCGCUGAGGCUCUGGGUUACUCGGAACUCUCACUUGAAGCUAUCUCCAGGAGACACGCUGAAACGGAGGCAGAGAAGGUGGCCUGUGUGCUAGAAAAGCUAAAGGAAGAUUGUCACGCAGAAAAGAUCAAGAAAAAGUUUCAGCAUGAACUUAUUUCUGGUCUGUUAAAGAUGGAUACUCAAGGUCUAGUGGCUCAUCUCAUCCAGGAUAUAGUGAUUCUGUCCACAGCGGUCGAGCUCGGAGUCAGAUGGAGGGAGCUCGCGGAGCGUCUCAAAAAGCUCUCAAAUGCCCAAAUCGCUGCUUAUGAGGCGCCUCAUAGAGGGAAAAAUGGAGAUGUUAGUGCCCAGUCGAUGUGGAAACCUGCAUAUGACUUCCUGUACGCCUGGAGCAAACAGUACGGGGACGGUUACAGGGAUAUGAUCCAGGACCUUCAUCUGGCACUGGAUAAAAUGAAGAGCCCAGUAACCAAGCAGUGGAGACAGAUCACUGGAGCUCUCAUCACUGUAAACUGUAUGGAGAUCCUGCGAGCUUCUGCCUUCCACAGAGAUUAAAGGAGAACACUUCAUAUUGAGGUGAACCGUCAUGAUGAUUACUUUGCCAUACUAAUAUUUUGAUGUGACAAAAUAUCCACCCUCGAUGACAUCUGUUCUGAAUGUUGUUACUGUAUACCUGUCUGUAUUUUAUAUGUGAUGUAUUUUAUAUAAGCGCAGUGUUUACAGCACUGCCUGUUAUUAACUGUGACAUUGAAAUGGCUACUUCUCUAGAACGUGUCUACAGGUAUGGUUUCUAAGUUCUCUGGAUGCUUCUAAGGGUUGUUUGAGGGGGAAAUGCUUUUUAGAGAGCAUUGCAAUAGAGAGGUAAUCUAACACUUUUUCAUCAUUGAUAAACUGCCUGAAGGUCACAUGGUUUCCGUGUUCUUUAGCUAAGCAUUUUGCUUGGAUUGUGUCUGUGUCUGUAUGUUUUAAUAUUUGAAGAUGAAUGUAGAAUAUUUGAUCCAAGUGUUACAGUAUGUGGCCCAGAAAAAAGAUAUCUUACACAUUAGUGGUUAUUGUAGAUCAUCAUUUGUCACAUCUUUGUUAUUCUCAAGUAUAUUGCAUAUACCGGCAAAUGGUAUUUAUUUUUAUAUUGUAUGUUUCUUAUGUCAUUUUAAAUAUGCAGACUACAGUGUUUUAGUAAAAGUCCAUGUAUAAUUGUAUAAUCUAAGAACAGUCUUCAAAAUAUAUUUUGUGUUCUUGUACUUUUAUUAGACUAACACUUUGAAAUUAAAAUUUAUAACAUCACCAUUUAUGUUAUGAAGGAGCUCUAUAAGGAGCAAAGAUAUUAAUAAAAAAUAUAUUGUGUA